GAUGUCUCAGCUUCGCGAAAAAAACUUGCAGCGUACUUUGAUAAGAUAACAGAAAAUCCUCGAAAAACCCAGUAAAUCGAAGAGCUUAAGCCCAAAAAACCUAUGGCGGAAGCAGAUCGAACCUCGCCCAGUCGAAAAAUGUAAUCUAAUUGCGGUGGCAGGCAGCAGCGGAUCGGAAUCGCAGGAUUGCCAAGUUUUCAGUUGGAGCACUCCUGCAGGAAAAUGGGCGACAGCGAUCUGAUUUGGCCAGAGAUUGGAGUGGAUCCGCAGCAUGUGUGCGAGGUUGGCGGAGAGGGGAGAUUUCAACUGAUCUGCGACAAGGCGUGGCUGCAAUCGCUGGAGCGGAAUAAGCGACUGACUCACUUUCCCAGUUGGCCACUGCUAGAUCGCAGGGCUUAUCCCACUGGACAGUUGGAACACCCGUGGACCCGGAUUCUAGUGCAGACUUAUCGAAAGCAACCUCAGGCGAGGGUGUACCCACUCCCGAGGGUUUCCGAAAAAGCAACCUCAACAGACUUGCCCCUGUCCUACUCGCAGGCAGUGUCCUUUGUGGCCAACACCAACUUUAAGCAGUUGUGGGAGGAGGCAUACAAGAAGUACGAUGGCGCACAUGUCAAGCUAUGCAGGUCAACUUCUUCAGCGCCUUCGGCAAAGCUACCCAGUGGCCAGGCACAGCUCCAACCGCAUGACGCUGUACUAAAAGAACUUAUCCAGAGGGUUUAUCAAUGCCCCGUGCUGCAUUCUCAACUAGAUCGUGAGGGUAAUGGUGACUCAAACGCUGCUAUCUCAAAUUACCCAGGCAACUGUCAUGCCAACGUCUUGCCCGCCCUGGUCGCCAUUGAGACCUCUACGCACUUUAGCGUCUUCCUGUAUCCUCCAGCAUUAGAAUGCAGCCUGUACGACUGUAUCACCUUCAGUCCGGCACUAUUGGGAAAGAAUUACAACAAGACAUUAUUUGUGAUUUACCAGAUCCUACAGCUGGCCAAGCAUCUUCAAGAACAGGGUCUUUUCUUGGGCGAUCUCCGCCUGCAACAUAUUGUGCUGCGUGAGAAUCUGUGGCUGCAAGUGCUCCCGAGGUUACAUUGUAAUCUGCUAGAAGAAGAUCCAGCGGGGGAAGACUUGUCGCCACUAACACCUCUAGCAAGCGAUGAUUUGGGAGAAACGAGGGAAUCGCAAAAGCCCCUGCCCUUAAGCAGCACCAUGUUUGACCUGCGAUUUGCCUACGAUCCGGCGCACUUUAAUCUGCGGGAGUAUUCUGAGAUGUGGUGCAAUGGUCAGUUAUCCAACUUCGAUUAUCUGACCAUCCUGAAUAAUGCGUGUGGAAGGAGUCUAACCAAUGCCGCGCAUCACCACAUCAUGCCCUGGGUCACCGACUUCAAUGGUCGCGGAGGAGCUACUUGGCGGGAUUUAACAAAGAGCAAGUAUCGACUCAACAAGGGGGAUGUCCAUCUCGAUCUCAUGUACUCCCAUGCGAGUCAGCAUGGAUGCGGUGACGACAAUUUCCAACCUGUCGGUGAUCAGGCGCCCCAUCACGUCUCCGACUUUCUUUCUGAGAUCACCUACUUUGUGUACAUGGCUAGGAGAACCCCGCAGGCUAUUUUGUGUGCCCACGUGCGUCCCAUAUGGGUGCCAGCGGAAUAUCCUGUAUCCAUUCAGCGUCUCCAGGAAUGGACCCCUGAUGAGUGUAUACCCGAGUUCUACUCGGAUCCUAUGAUCUUUAAAAGCAUCCACGAAGACCUGCCAGAUCUGGAGUUACCCACUUGGGCUUCUUGUCCCGAGGACUUCAUUUGCAAGCAUCGAGAGGCGCUGGAGUCGCAGUACGUAAGCGAACGGCUGCAUCAUUGGAUUGAUUUGAACUUCGGGUACAAGCUGAGUGGGAAGGCGGCGGUUAAAUCAAAGAAUGUCUGCCUUACGCUUGUCGAUCAGCACAGGAAUCUCAGUCAGCGCGGCAUUGUGCAACUCUUUGGAAGCGCUCAUCCGCCGCGUCGAUACGCUACGUCCUGGUUCAGUAAAACUGCUCCCAGGCUAAGUCAACUAUAUGCCAGUCCCUCGAAGCGUCUGGCCAAGAGUACGGAGAACCUACAAGCUGAGAGUGAAACUGGAUCUUCGCGUCUCUCUUUGCGUCUGGGAGAUGAUGGAUCAAGCGGCUCUGUACACAGUAGUUCCGCAUCCGCAUCGGCUUCUAAUUUCUAUGCGAUUACCAACUUAAUUGAACUCCCGGAGAACUAUAAUCCUGCACUGUUGCUACAAAAUCUGGAGUCUCUAGAGGCAUUUUACGCACGUACUUUCCCACAGCAGCGGCCGUCGGCUAAUCCCGAGGAGAAAAUGAUCAGCAGUGAUCUUCUUUUUGAACAGAACUCAGCGGAACAUUCCUUUACUAAUCAGCUUUUUGCCAGUGGUGAAGAAAUUCCCACAAAAUCAAAGAAUCUCCUGAGAGAAAAGAGAUAUUGUCUUCAGCAGCUAGUGAGUUCCAGGAGAGAGCGUGAUCUGCAGGUCCUGGGAUGCCUAAUUGUGGAGCUCUUUGCGAUGCAACGUUUGCGCCCGCUGCUAAUGGGAAAUGGCUUAAGUUCUACCUUUGAGGCUCGACUCUCAGCCUGCCGGACGGUGGCUCAAAUGCAUCGUCAGGAACUGCCUAAACCAGUGCGGAAAGUUGCUCGACUUCUUUUGCAAUUGGAGGAUGACAGAACAGAAGAUCAAGGCCUGCCACAGCCACCAAAUCCUGCUCAGCUGAUAGAGCCCAUGUUCGCAAACAUGUUGCUACCAUUUCCUAGCCAUUACAUGGCUGUCUAUGCUCUUGUCAGAUCCCUAAAUGCUUUUGAGGCUAAUGCAGUGCUAUUGGAGUUGCACACCCAUUUCAAUUGCAAAGGAGGAAGGGAGUGUGUCAGGUACACGGAGAUGGAUCGUCAGAGAGUGCUCUUUGAAAGAAAAAUCGCAGAGUGUAAGGUCAUGUCCUGCUGUGCCCAUGUAAAAAGGCUACUCGAACCAAUGGCUUUUGCCUACGAGCAAUUCACUCCGGUUGAGUUGUUGCUACCCCACAUCAUUGAUCUCUUGAGAGAUGAACGCACAUCGAUCUUAACUGCCUGGAACUUGUUUGAUCCCAUAGCUCAGGCCUUGGGAAUAUUACAAACACAACAGCAUCUCCUCCAACCACUGCUCAAGCUUUACGAUGUGGAGGGUGUCACCUCGCCGGAGGACGGUGGUUCCAAUGGCUCCACUAGCAGUGGUGGCCAUCUGCGUUUUUCUGCCAGCAGUUCAUUCAAAUCUCGAAAGUCCGUGAAACUUUACCAUCACAGUUUCCUGCUCCGUCUGAUUGUGCGCUUUGGACUCCGUUGUUUUCUGCAUCAUUUUAUAGCCCCUCUGAUAGAAGCAGUGGGUGGCUACAAGGAACCGGAUCAGGGAAAUGGCUAUCACUACCAUAGUGGCGGAAGCAGAAGGACGAGUAAGAAUCUCAACUUUGCCUUGGAAAAAGUGGUUCAAGAGACAGGUGAACCAGACACAAAGCCAGACAUCGAGGAACUGUUCACAUUCGAGGAUGAUCAAGACAGGGCCUCUACUCAGGACAGCAAGUCCAUUGACUCCUUUGACAUGCGUCCCAGCACCAGUGCUGCCAGUGCAGAGGAAGCUCGAGAAUCGGAUGGAUCACCGGAUAAACUGGUGAUCAAUGAACUUAUGUAUGGGGCCAGAAUAUCGCCAGAUAAGUUAUCCUUGAGAGAGGGUCAAACGCCGCCCGCUUUCGUUCCGCCCAAUCUAGGACCUCGCUCGCCCACCAUUGAGAUUCCUGUGUGUCCAACAGCCAGCGGCAUUCGUCGAAGUUUCCAGCUAAGCGCCAUCGACUGCGAUAUUGGCUCCCGAAAGAGUGUUGACAGCUUCGAACUAAUCAGCCAAGCGGUGGAGCAGCUACCUCCUCCAGCAGUGGAGACGGAAAUAGAGCCCUCCGACUCCCUGCAGGCAUCCGUUAUUUCUCGCCUGUCGGAGGCAAAAGCCGUCCAAAACAACCGAAUUAGUGAAAUGAGCGCCGAGAGCUUGGUGUGGCUGUCGCAUAGAUUGGGUCCGGUGCUCACCUCUCGGUUUAUCACGAGAAACCUUCUGAAAUUACUCUCGCUAUGCUAUGUGGGUCAGGAGAACCUGCUGCCGGAGGUCGAUGACGGUGGGUUUAGCUCUAGCCCCGAUGCAGCCAACCUCAACUAUUUCAGUAUUGCAAAUGCAAGGGUCGUGGGCGAUCGAAGUGCAGCUCGAGUUCUGGAGUGUCUCAUGUCCAUAGCAGCUCUCUAUGGGGAAAACUUCCUUCUACUGCAGUAUUUUCCCCACAUAAGUGAACUUAUAGGUCUGUGCUCCAAACGAAUCACUGGCAGCCUUGAAGGAGCUAUAAUCAGUUCCCUGCAGCUGCUUAAGUACAUGGUUCCUUGUCUAACUGAUGCCAGUAUUAUGGAGCAUCUCCAGCAUAUACUACUGGAGGCCAUCCUUCUGCCCAUUCUGCGUUUGUUAAGCUCAACGAACCUUUUGAUGCCCAGUGGUUACCUGGGACGCUCUUUAUUGGCUCGGAAGUUUUUGGAUGCGAUUUAUGCUCUAAGUGUUCGCCUGGGAUCGGAUAUGACUCGGGAGCAUCUAUGCCAGCCGUUACUCAGUCCUUUUUUCUUGAUCUUUAACAAGGCUUUUGGAUUGCCUAACGAUUUUGCCUGCGAUCUGGCAAAUCUAUCGCUAGUUGGUGGAGCAUCGCAUCAGGAACGUGCCCUGGAAGAGUUGAGGGACGUGUUUGGACCAGAGCUAGCGCACACUGCCUAUCUAACCUUUCUGCGUUUUCUGGGCGAGGCCAACAUGAAGAAAACUCUAAGCAAUCUAGAGUUUGUCCUGACCUUGUGUCACGAACACGAGCAACCCAGUGGUAAAGGACAUAGCAAACCUGAACUGGCAACCAGUGUGAGUUCUGGACAAGAUUUCGACACUGUGGAUGCCAGCUGCGAACUGGCCGCCAACAGCUUUGGUACUCAGAUCGUGGGAAAUCGCCUGCAAGUGACCAGGAACAACGUCGAACUGCUCGACAUGGUGGCUUACAAACUAGACCAGAUGCCCAAAACUCGGCACCUAAAAGGAAACUGGUUGGCCUACUGGCGCAAUGAGACGACGCGCAGUGAGAAGGACAAUCAGACUCUGAAUCUUAAGCAAAUUCGGCUGCAGUCCUUUGUGGGUCACACAAACUCCGUUAGGGCUAUUUAUGCCCUGGAUAAUGAGAACAGCUUCAUUUCCGCCUCCAAAGACAAGACCGUGAAGCUGUGGUCGCUGCGCAGCGAAGGAGAUGGACGGAAGACGACCGCCUGCCAGUUCACUUACACGGCUCACAAAAAGUCCAUCAACUCUCUUGGUUUUCUAGAAUCGUUGCGUUAUGUAGUGUCCUGUGACUCAGGAAUUCAUAUUUGGGAUCCGUUCAUUGGAAGACCUCUUGGCAUACUAGAUGCUCCUCGUCAUAGUGCUGUGACGGUGGUCAAAUGCUUGCCGUCCCAUUCCCCGCUGGUUAUAGCCGGAACAGCCGAAUCUACUGUUAAGAUGGUCGAUGCCAGGAGUUUUGAGUACGUGAAUGAGUGGCGAGUAACCAACGCGGCACUACCCAAUGCAACUGUCCGUUGCCUGACUGUGGCCCCAUCUGGAAAUUGGCUAGCAGCCGGACUCUCAUCGGGCUGCAUUGUCCAGCUGGACACGCGCACUGGAAUGGUGAUCAAUUCCUGGCGGCCAAUGGAAUGUGAUCUGCUGCAGCUGGCAGCCCCAAGUGAUCAGUUCCUGGUGAGCUCCGCUUUGGAUCAUAGCCUGGCUGUUUGGCACGCUUUAGAUGGCAUUAUGCACUACCAACUCAAACCUCCCCCAGAGCCCGCUCAUUUCCUGCAGAGCGUUGGCUCUUCUUUGGUCUACGCAACCACGGGUAACCGUGUGGGCGUCUAUGCGGAUGUGGCCCAUUCCCACGCGUUUAACACGAUUACCAAACUUCGCUCAGAGACAUUCCGCGGUGUGCUGACCUCCCUGGCUGUGUUGCCCUUGAACCGAGCUUUCCUCGCUGGCAACGAAAGCGGAAACAUUGCCCUGCUUUGUUAGAAUGCUAGGGCUAAUGGUUGUACCAUAAUUCGAUAUUAUACUCUAGUUUAUAUUAUAACCAAUGGCACCAAAUAUUAUUUUAAUGCAGCUUACACAGGUUGGACGACACUAGAAAACCUACCCCGCCUAAUCCAAUGAAUUUAUAUCUUGAGGUAGUAUUUCGGAAUGCUACAUAAUUUAUUUAAAACCGCACAACUAGCCUCGUUGGACAGUGGAACCUCUAAGGCGACGUUCCAAGAAUCAAGAAAUUAGCUCUUAUACUCAAAGCUAUAAUUAUAGAAUGCUUGUGCAUUCCAGAUCCAAAAUUUAUGUACAUUUAUAUUUAUGUCUCUGCAAUAGAAGACAGAAUUGUAUUUACAAAACACUACUUAAGCUGGAAAGAGGUAAAAUAUUUAUAUAGAAAUAUACGAAAACAAUAAUAAUAAAA